AGAACGGAAACGAGUCCAUUUUUUCCCCUCAGUCAGAUAACAGCGGCUCGAGGAGCUGCAGCUCGCGCACCAUGAGAGGACGCACGUUAUGUUUAUGUGACCGCUUGUUUGCGUUGCUGUAACAGGUAGGAAGUACGCGUCAUAACCCAGGUGUAAUUCUAGUAGGGCUGUUCGGGGGACCCUACGCAUUCCUCUACGCAGAGAGCCAGGCACCAAGUCCCACUGACCGGGAGACGAGGACCGCGAGCCGCUGCUUCGGAAAGUGGACUGAUGACUUCACCCUCAGAGAUGGCUUCAUUUCCAGACUCCGACCUGCAGACCUGCCCGCUCUGCAAGGAGUUGUGCGGCUCCUCCGCUCCCAUCUCCUCCAGUUCGUCUACCUCGUCCUCUUCCUCGCAUACUUCGACCUCGUCCAACCACACCUCAAAGAGGCUCCACGUCCUGCCCUGCCUCCACGCCUUCUGCAGGCAGUGCCUGGAGGGACAGCGCAGUCCCAACGACCCGCUGAAGCUGAGGUGCCCCACCUGCGACCAGAAGGUCUCCAUCUCCGAGGCCGGGGUGGACUCCCUGCCUUCCUCCAACUUCCUGUUCAGCAACCUGCUGGACGUGGUGGUCAGCUCAGAAGAUCAGAUCCAGAACAAGAACGGCCACCACCACCGCGGAGGCUUGAUUGGAGGCUCGUCCGCCUUCCACCCCCCUCACAGCGGCCUUUUGCACCCCCAGCAUAUGGGGGAACCUCAGUGCAGCUCUUGUGAUGAGGAGAACCCAGCCACGUCUCACUGCCUUGACUGCCAGGAGUACCUCUGCGACAACUGUGUGCGAGCGCACCAGAGGGUGCGGUUGACCAAAGACCACUUCAUCGAGCGCCAGGGAGAAAGCCUCCACCUGAGUCGGGUCAACAGCAACACAAACCAGCCCGGGGUGUCUGUGUCCCUCGCCCAGUCUCUGCAGAACAACUUCGCCCUGUUGUCCCUGUUCCAGGACCGUAUGAACUUCUGCCAGCACCAUGACAACGAGGUGUUCCUGUUCUUCUGUGAAACCUGCUCAGUGCCCAUCUGUAGGGAGUGCAGCGUGGGCCGCCACAUGGGCCACACGUUUGUGUACCUGCAGGACGCCGUGCAGGACUGCCGCGCCAUCACUAUCCAGCUGUUGGCUGAUGCUCAGCAGGGACGACAGGCUGUCCAGCUGAGCAUGGAGAAGGUCCAGGCCAUGGCAGAGCAGGUGGAAAUCAAGGCCAAGGUGGUGCAGUCUGAAGUGAAGGCACUUGUUCUGAGACACAAGAAAGCCCUGGAGGAGAGGGAGUGUGAACUUCUGUGGAAGCUGGAGAAGAUCCGUCAGGUGAAGGCCAAGUCUCUAUACCUGCAGGUGGAGAAACUCCACCAGAGUCUGACCAAAUUAGAUGGCACCAUAGCUGCUGUCAGCCAGGUGCUGGACGAGGGCCACCACCUCGAUGUUCUGCUGGCCAGGGAGCGAAUGCUGACCCAGAUCCAUGAGCUCAAGGCCCUCCGGGGCCUGCUGCAGCCGCAGGAGGACGAACGCUUCAUGUUCACUCCUCCAGACCAGGCGCUGUACAUCGCUAUCCAGUCCAUGGGCAUGAUCAGCAGCGGGGCCUUCGCCCCCGUCACCAAAGCUCAUGGCGAGGGUCUGAAGAACGUAGUUCGUGGCAAGCCGGCCUCAUUCACGGUGGUCGGAUACGAUCACGAUGGUGAGCCACGUCUCUCGGGCGGAGACGCCGUGUCUGCAGUCGUCAUGUCAGUUGCAGAUGGAAACCUAUCUGCGGUGGAGGUGACGGACCACCAGAACGGCUCGUACACCAUCAGCUACCUCGCCAAAACCGAGGGGGAGCACCUGGUGUCUGUGCUGGUGUGUAACCAACACAUCCAAGGCAGUCCCUUCAAAGUGAUGGUGAAAUCGGGUCGAAGCUACGGCUCGCUUGGCUCCCAGGUGUCAUCGUUUGGAUCUGAGGGGGAAGGAGACGGCCAGCUAUGUCGUCCUUGGGGCAUCAGUGUGGACAAGGAGGGAUACGUUGUGGUGGCUGAUCGCAGCAACAACCGCAUACAGAUAUUCAAACCUUGCGGUGCCUUCCACCAUAAGUUUGGCUCUCUGGGGUCUCGACCCGGUCAGUUUGACCGCCCAGCCGGGGUCGCCUGUGACAGUCAGAGACGAAUCGUCGUGGCUGAUAAGGACAAUCACCGUGUGCAGGUGUUUACGUUUGAGGGCCAGUUUCUCCUGAAGUUUGGGGAAAAGGGAACCAAGAACGGGCAGUUCAACUAUCCCUGGGAUGUGGCUGUCAACUCCGAGGGCAAGAUCCUGGUCUCAGACACCAGGAACCACCGCGUGCAGCUCUUCGGCCCCGAUGGCUCCUUCCUCAACAAGUACGGCUUUGAGGGGGCUUUAUGGAAACACUUCGACUCCCCAAGAGGAGUAGCCUUUAACCAUGAAGACCACCUGGUAGUGACCGACUUCAACAACCACCGGCUCCUGGUGAUCCGGCCGGACUGCCAGUCGGCUCGCUUUCUGGGCUCUGAGGGGACCGGGAACGGGCAGUUCCUGCGGCCACAAGGAGUCGCCGUGGACCAGGAGAACCGCAUCGUCGUGGCCGACUCCCGCAACCACAGAAUCCAAAUAUUCGAGCCCAACGGAAACUUUUUAUGCAAAUUCGGCACGCAGGGGAGUGGCUAUGGACAGAUGGACCGCCCCUCCGGUGUGGCCGUGACACCCGAUGGUGUCAUCGUGGUCGUUGACUUUGGGAACAACCGUAUCCUCAAGUUCUAGAAAGAAAGUUCUAUUUUUGCAUUCUCUCCCUCUGUUUGCCCUUUUUUGCAGUUUUUUUCUUUCUUUUCCACAAUGAAGGAAAUGGAGGAGAGAGAAUCAAUCAACAGAAAGGUAGCGAGUUCAGAGAGGACUGAGAAAACGCUGAAGCCAAAGGACGUUAAAUCCAUUUUGUUCCUUUAACUAAAACACACCUGUAGCACAAAUACCGGGGACCUUUACUAGUUGAUUAUCAGUUAAAAGCAACAUAUUCCCCUUUGACUUUCAGCAUCUCUCAGUUCUCUCAAUCACUCUUUUUUUUUUUAUUAGUACACAUCUCAGGGAAUUUCUCACUUCUUGAAACCUUGUACCCUCUGCUCCACACCUACCUCAUUUAGCUCUUUGUGAAUGUACUCAUAGUCAGUGAGCAGAGGUUUUAGUCCGUGAAGUUUUACAAAGAAGACAGUCUACCUCUAUGCUUUAUUUAAGAGACAAUAGAAAAUGAAUAGAUUCUUGGGUUGGUAUUUGCACAGGAAUAAUAGAAUUCUUGCUGUGCGUUUUCAGAUGAGGAGUUAAAGUGAAGCUCCUGAAUGUUGUUGCUGAUGCGUUCCUCAGACCGCUGUAGAGGCUGCCUGAUGGUUUCCCACUGGAGAGGAAACCGAUGUCCCUCCUGUGUUUGUUGACCAGUGUCUAGCUGGCGACCCUUUCCCUGUCGAGUUCGAAACGUGGUGAAAGCUGAGCACGACCGUGUGAAGCAAUGCCAAACUUGACGGAAUCAACAUGAGCUCAGGUCAUCGUAGAACAGAUUAAAACGAUCAGUGCUUUUCUCCCGCUAGCUUGACUGGCUAACGCUGAUUUGAUGAAUUUAUGAAUGAGUAUAGUUACAGUUUAGGAAAUCAGCUCUAAAAUGACCUAAUAUCUUUAAAAUGUUCCCAAUCUCAUUAUCUAUUAUACGGCUGGACGAACUUGUGUAAAAAUGUACGUUAGGGCUCUCCAGUUUAAGUUAAAAAUGAAUUUUAGGGAAGAAAAAAUAGCUUUGUAUCCUCCAAACGAGAGGACCCACAGAAAGAUUUAGGAGUUGGAUCCUUGAAAAUCGGAUAGAAAAUGAACUAUUUAGUUGAAUGAUACCUUUUAAGAAGGCAUGCUGUUUGAUAAAAGCCUCAGAAGUAGGCGCGUGAUUUUGGCCGUCCAGAGGACAAUGACAUCGAGUUAAAGGCCUAAUAACAAUAUAGAUGGUGGUUGAAAGCCAUGCCCUCUGGCUCCUAGGGCCAGGGCUUUAGUGCAGUCCGACGAGGGGGCGCCAUCACAAAGCCCUGCUCUAUUUAUUUAUGCUUGGAGUUAAGGAAACGUCUCCAAAUUAGUAGACAGAUUCCUCUAAAGAUGGAGGUCUACAGACCAACUACUAGAGUCAACCAAAGGUAGAAUCUCUGCACAACGGCCAACUUUAAAUAUGGCAAUUAAAGCAGCUUACCCCCACCACCCCUCCUAAAGGUUUUCAAUAGAGAAGAGUUCCAGCAGCUCCCGGAGUUUGUCCCACUGUCCACUUCAGGCUUUGAAGGGUGGAGUUUUUAGAAGUGCCAUUGCUUCCUGCUAAGACCACGGCCCUGGAGCUGUGAGAGAACACCAAAGAGAACCCGAUUCUCUCCCCCUCAUCAAACCACGGCUCAACGCUAAACUCAUCGUGGCUUCUCAAACCCGACAUACCGCGACCAUGCGAUGCAGAUGCUUCUGUUAGCGGCAGAAAAAUCAAUCCAAAUCUAUAGAACAUUUCAGACGCACUCCCCUCAGCUGUCGACAUGACCAGGAUUUAUGUUCUCAUGUAUCUUUUACUGUUUGACCUAGUUUCUUACGCACCUCGACUUCUGAAUACCUCACGUGUUUCUCGUAGCUACUGUGCAUUUAAUCGCUCAAAUACCUCAACUUGUUAUUGGUUGUGAAUACUUCAGACCUGCUCUUAUUUAAGCACAUAGAAUAAUAUUUUUUACCUCGGAUAGCUUCUGGCUUCACAGUGCGGCACAUGCCCCGCAGCUCAAGGACCAAAGAUCACGGUACUGUUGCACCACGGCCAUUAUCGCCACACUGAACCGCGUCUAGUCUGGUGAAUCUACUGUAAACUGCCUGGUCAAUUAUGCCUUUCAUCAUCAAAACCACGUAUUUCUGAUGAGAGCAUUGUGCCAAAUUGAUCUGUGAGAGUUCUGGUGCCAAACUGGGUUGGCACUGGACCACACCGUUGUAGACUAAGUGUCACUGGACCAUUAUAUCAUUAGAUAGAAAAUCAGAGCAGCUGAGGAUAAAUCCUCCUCCUCUGAUUGGAUGCACUUAGGAGGGCUGGGCCCUGUUUGUCUUUACCUCAUGAUGAUGAUGAUGAUGAUGAUGAUGAUGAUGAACAUACUGGUUCAGCUUGUAUUUGUCACUGUGCGCCAGGGGUGAGGGGGUUAGAGGAAGUGGCCUCUUUUAAAGGAGUUAGAACUUAAAAGUAUCCGCCAUUGAAUGCACAUGAAUGACCUCUAGUUUCAGCACAACACAUCCGCUUGUCAGUGUGAAUAUUAGCUUGAUGUUGCUUGUGGAGGAUGUUGAAACGAGUCCAAACGCCACCGUUCUGACUGUGGUUUCAAAACAACACUUCAGAGGGCUACACCUAAUGUGUGCCAGCAGACUUGCUCCAAGUUUAAAGGGAUGUUUCACUCUUCCACUGACAUCUGGGCUCUUUAGAACAUCUGCAGUGAUGCUGGUUGAGUUGUUAUUUAUUAGGUCAACGUGUUUUCUGAGCUUUAGGAGCGUCCGUGUGGCACCGACGCCCAACGCCAGGUUGAAACCUCCCUUUAAGCUCGGCUUGUUUGCUGAUGAUGAGCCAGUUUGAGUCCACAGAUCCUGCUGCUUUGAACACAAUGCCUGUUUUCAACCAAUAAGAUUGUUUUUUUGUUUUUUUUGAUUUUCAGUAUUACUCAGAUGUUCACUCAAUGUUGCAUCCGUUUGUUUUUCUUUUACCUUUUUUAAUUGAGAUUGCAGAAUUCUAUCUUUAAGAUCCUUAGGUCUUCACUCUUAAAGAGGAAAAAUGAAUUUUAAACAUUUAUUUGUAUUUCAUUUGUUGCAUGCUUUAAAAGUCUUUGUAUUAUACUGAUGUCUCACGGAUAGGUGGUGAAAGACACAGAUAGGGUGGGUAGCUGAUUGUUGGGAUGUUUUUUUUCUCCAAAAUAUUUACCCAAAGAUGUGUUUAUGUGAGUUUAAUAAUUUGUUGGAUGGAAUUAAGAUUUGACCUUUGCGAUUGUAUUUCCUGUUCUCUGGAGGCUCUGUGGAGCAAAACCUGUCCAGCAAGCACGAGACUAAAGAAGCGUUUAUCACGCCGCUUUAUUUCUCUUCUUCCAAUUAGGUAAUAUGUGUGAACAAACGCAAAUGUCAUUUACAGAUGUUUAUUAGCUUCCAACACAACAGUCUCAUUGGCAUUGUUGAAAAUUACUUGUUUUCACAAUUCAGCAAUCAUCUUUUCCCAAAUGGCGUUAAAAACUCUGAUUUGUUGGCAAGAAGACUUCCUGUGUUAGUCCACCAUCUUGGUUUCUCGCCUGUUGAGACAUUGAAGGGAUAGUUCAGAUCUUUAGAUGUCGGGUUUCUGCUGAAGGAUCAAGAACAAUGUUAUAAAUAGCCUUUUGAAUGCUAACCGCUAGUUAGGAAGUCAAAUUGACCCAUAAAUCAUCUGGCCUCAGUAUUAUGUUCUUACCCUGAUGGGAUAUAAGAAGACUGCAUAAGGAAAUGUGGGAUGCUAAACGGGAACGGCUAGCUGCACAUGCCCUUAAAUUAUUUGUAAACAGCUGUGAGAAGUAUGCUUGUUUAUUGUUUUAAGAAAACUGUUAUACUUGGACUAGCUGUUAGCUUGUCAAUCUUGUCAAAACCAAACACGUUAUCUCCAAACUUGAGGUUUAUCCACUUGCUUCUAAAGAUCUGAACUUUCUCUUUAAGGGAGAGAAGCAACACAAAGCCGCUCCAGAGGAGAUGUGCAAGGUCAAAGACCUCCUUUUGAAAUGAUUGUAUACUCUAAAGAAAGAAUUGAAAAGUGGUUUAGGAAAAAUUUAGAAAGGAGAACAAACAAAAACUAAGCUCAGGUUGUUCCUAGCAGCCGUGUGCUGCUGGUGUUUCAUUGAAAUGUGUCCCCUAGUGAAAACGUAGUGACCUUUUAUCCCUACUAGUCUGAUUCUUUUGAGUGUCCAUUUAAAUAUAUGAAACAAAUGAUUUCUCAAUUUGAAUAAAAAUGAUUAGUUUGAUUAGUUUCCCCUGAUUAAUCCCCUUUUUGCUAACUUUUUAAUUUUCCUUACAAAAAGUACAAAUGCUUCACACCACUUGGUGCUCAUUGGCCCUUUUAGAAUGUAUUUUGUGAAGAAAAGGGAUAAAUGGGUUCUUGUUUGUGCUUGCUUGCUGCCAGCAGCUACUGGGAGUGUGACAGACGGAUCAGACAACACCCACUAAAUAAAAAAAACAUCAGAGUUCUGUCAUGUGUUGUGAAACAAACAGAGGCGUGUUUGUUAAUAAACCGCUUCAGCAUCAGCUGAGGCAGGAGGCCUCUGGCCCGUGGCAGCUCAUCCUCUUGGUUUGGUACCAUUUCCUGUGAAGUCGUGUUCUCCCAGCAGCUGGGCGGCCCCGGAGCGAGCUCUGUGUUUAUGCGCUGCGUCUGCUGUUAUCUAAGCAGAAAUCCACUGAAUGUAUCCUCCUCUCAGUCCACGAGGCGGGGCAAGCCGGCGUGGCCCGCUGAGUUUAGAUGAGUGCUGCUGAUGCUUCUGUAUCCAAACUGCUCUGUGUGUGUGUUUUAUCAGUUUAACCUGUUUUGUGAGUGUGUGUCGGCACACCCACCCUUGACACACACACACACGCUGUGCUGAAUGGAUGAGCAGAAGUCAGGUCUGAAGUCUAAACAAGGCAGUGGAGACUAUAAUAUUUUGGCCAUGCACUACUCUCUCUGCACUCUGUGGACUUUAAACAUUUCCUAUGCAGUUCUUUUGUUUGUCUUUUUGUUUACGCUUAAAUAAAGUUGUAUUUCUUUGACUUCAAA